UAUUAGUUUUAGGUAUAAAUAAUGAUCCAUUGAUUACCCCUUGCUGACCGGACUUUUCCUUAAAGUGUGAAUAAAUCAAAGUUUAAUCACUGAAAAUGUUUUGAAACAAUCACUCAUGGCUGAAUGAGCCGAUGAUGGGUAAAGACUGGAAACCAUCUGAACUCUUGGUUUAAGAAAAGCACAAAUUUGUAUUUAAGAAUCAUUUGAUUUAAAUGAAGGAGUUUCUAUGUAUCAAGUAUGGAGAUUUGCACUACUUGUGUUGUUUUAUUAGAGAAUAUCAGCUUCUUUAGUCGUUGAUCUGAGCUUAAAAGCACAUUGAAUGUUCGGGUUGUUCAUUAAAUGCACUGAUUUCCUCUGAUCCGGUGGAAUGUUGCUGAAACACCUGAGUGUGACUUCAUGACGUAAGCUGGGAGGGAUGAGGGGAAGUGGGAGGAGGAAGUGACCCAGAGGAAGUUUUAGUUUUAGUGGCAGAUGAGGAUCCGAAAGGCAGCAGAGGUUACACAACCGGCGCUAGUUUCACAGAGAGAACCGUCGAUCCUAAAGGAGCGGAGCGCAACGUUGGGGAGGAGAUGGACGCCGUGCAGUCGGCGGGGAUGGCGGAGCUGGAGGGGCUGGAGUUUGGAAAGUCGGACUUUGUGCUGCUGGAUGAGGUGACGAUGGAGCAGUUCAUGGAGAACCUGAAGCUGAGGUUUGAAAAGGGGCGGAUCUACACCUAUAUCGGGGAAGUGGUGGUGUCCGUUAACCCAUACAGACAGAUGGACAUUUACGGCAAAGAAGCCAUCGAUGCGUACCGAGGCCGAGAGCUGUAUGAAAACCCUCCUCACCUGUAUGCGGUGUCCGACGCUGCCUACAAAGCCAUGAAAAGACGAGCUAAAGACACCUGCAUCGUCAUCUCAGGUGAGAGCGGUGCAGGAAAAACAGAAGCCAGUAAAUACAUCAUGCAAUACAUCGCAGCCAUCACAAACCCCAGUCAGAGGGCGGAGGUGGAGAGCGUGAAGAAUGUUCUGCUGAAGUCUAACUGUGUGCUGGAGGCCUUCGGGAACGCCAAGACCAACCGCAACGACAACUCCAGCCGCUUCGGGAAGUACAUGGACAUAAACUUUAACUUCAACGGGGAUCCCACAGGAGGACACAUCAACAACUACCUGCUGGAGAAGUCCAGGGUGGUCCAGCAGCAGGGAGGGGAGAGGAACUUCCACUCUUUCUACCAGCUGCUGCGCGGAGGCACUGAGGAGAUCCUGAAGUCAUUUCACCUGGAGAACGACCCUGCACUCUACACCUACACCAGAGAGGGCGCUGCAGCUGCUACAACCAACAACGACCGAUCGAACCACAAAGCGGUGAUGAGUGCCCUCGAUGUGAUCGGCUUCUCAAAGGAAGAAAUCAACUCCAUCUACCAGAUCCUGGCUGCCAUUUUGCUCUUGGGUAACGUGGAGUUUGGGAGCGAAGGUGAGAUCGUUCAUAUUGUGGAUCAGGACACAGUGACCCACAUCUCAGAACUGACGGCCACGGACCCGGAAUCCGUCACCAAGGGCCUGCUUUACCGGACCGUGGCGACCGGCGGCGGUGAUGUCAUCGAGAAGGGGCACACAGAGAAGGACGCCUGCUUCGGUCGGGAUGCCUUCGCCAAGGCGCUGUACGAGAGGCUCUUCGGCUGGAUCGUCAGCCGCAUCAACGGCAUCAUCGAGGUGAAAGACUACAACCCAGUGCUUCAUGGGAAGAACACGGUCAUAGGAGUGCUGGACAUCUACGGCUUUGAGAUCUUUGACAACAACAGUUUUGAACAGUUCUGCAUCAACUACUGCAACGAGAAGCUGCAGCAGCUGUUCAUCGAGCUGAUCCUCCAGCAGGAGCAGGAGGAAUACCAGAGAGAGGGAAUCACCUGGCAGCAUAUUGAUUACUUCAACAACCAGAUCAUCGUGGACCUGGUGGAGCAGCAGCACAAAGGGAUCCUCUCCAUUCUAGACGAGGCUUGUCUCACUGUUGGGAAGGUGACCGACACAGUCUGUCUGGAGAGCAUGGACACCAAGCUGGCUCAGCAUCCUCACUACACGUCCCGCAAGCUCAGUCCCACCGAUAAAACCAUGGACUUCCAGAAGCACUUCCGCAUCCGCCACUACGCUGGAGACGUCACCAGGGCUGGAUGCGCUGGAAGACACUCAGCCUUCAGUUUUCUCACACUUUGUGAGGUUUUGCUGCUUUUCCACAUGUCUAACAUCCUUGCUUUGCUUUGUGUGUUUUAUUUCUUUAAGGAGCCGUACUACGUGCGAUGCAUAAAACCCAACGAGAUGAAGUCACCGGUUCUGUUUGACGACGCGCGCUGUCAGCACCAGGUGGCCUACCUCGGCCUGCUGGAGAACGUGAUGGUUCGCAGGGCCGGCUUCGCCUACAGGCAGCAGUACCCGCGCUUCCUACAGAGGUAUAAAAUGACCUGCGAGUACACCUGGCCCAACCACCUGAUGGCCACAGACCGGGAGGCUGUGGAGGCCAUCAUCACGCAGCACGGUUUCCAGGGCGACGUGGCGUACGGCCACACGAAGCUGUUCGUGCGAACGCCGCGGACUCUGUUUACCCUGGAGCAGGAGAGAGCCACCCUCAUCCCCAUCCUGGUGCUCUUCCUGCAGAAGGUGUGGCGAGGCGCUCUCGCUCGUCUCAGGUGCCGGCGGAUGCGAGCCAUCUACGCCAUCAUGGGCUGCUACAAGCGCUACAAAGUGAAGGCCCACUUCUGGGAGGUGGAGCGGAGGUUUGCGGGCGUGCGCACGAUGCCGGACUACGGGAAGAGCGUGGAGUGGCCGGUGCCGCCCGCAGCUCUGGCCCAGUUUCACAAGAUCACCACCGCGCUACAUCGCAGGUGGUGGGCGAGGCAGAUCGUGAAGAACAUCCCUCCGUCUGAGAUGUUGGAGGUUCGAGCUAAAGUGGCAGCGCUGACCUCUCUGAGCGGAGAGAGGAAGGACUGGGGACUCGGCCGAGCCUGGGAGAGAGACUACCUUUCAAACGCGCGGGACUGCCCUCAGACCAGCUCUGCCUUCGUCAGAGUCUCCAAAGAGCUGAAGAACAAAGAUGGCUACGCUCAGGUUGUCUUCUCCGGCUUCUGUAGGAAGGUGAACAGAUUCAAUAAAAGCACAGACCGAGCUCUGCUCGUCACGGACAAGUACGUCUACAAAUUAGAGCCGAAGAAGCAGUACAAGGUUCUGAAAAGGCUUCCUUUGGACUCGUUCACAGGGCUGAGUGUGACCAGUGGGACUGACCAGAUGGUGGCGCUCCACACGUCCACACAGGAUGACGUUCUACUGUGUCUUCAGCAAGGCGAGCUGUGCCCCAACCAGGAUCGAGUGGGAGAGCUUGUUGGAUCCAUGGUGGACCACUUCACACGCAUCAGGAAAGGUCUGCUCCCCGUGAAGGUCUGCCGCUCGGCGCUGCAGCUCCACAUGCGAGGCAAACCCAAGAGCGUCACCGUGGAAACCAAAGCGGGGCAGACCGUCGCAGACUUCAAGAAGAGCCGAGACGGUUUCAUCCUGCUGGUUCCCGAUAAAUGAGGGGAACUUCUUCUUCAGCUUCGCCGCACAUCCCCACCCCAUAGGGAGCAGAACCCGGUUCAUCUAGCCUGAGCUGCACGCAGAGAAACGACGAGGUGUUAGCCAAACUAUACAGACUCUUAAAUCUGCUACAAUACUGAGACGUUUCACAUGAUUUCUGCUUUUUUUUAUAGGAUGUUUUUUAAAAUAUAGUCUAGAAAUAUAAUAAAUGAUAACUAUUGAUAACAAAA